AUGAAGAUGUCGACACAAGAUUCAUCUGGUGGAGGGUAUAUUGAACAGGUAACUACUGUUACCAGUUCUAUCGCAGGUUACCUCAAAUUUCCUGUCCUUGUGUCUUCGGGUAUAACUUUUUUACUAAGUUCUCUUCUCUACUUCAAGCAAAAGUCCUUGAUUUACCCAAGUUCCAUCCCAAAUGCGGCCCGCACCGAAGUUCCACGACCCUCACAAUUCGGCAUCUCGGAUUUCGAGGAGUUGGUGAUCCCUACACCUGAUGGGGAAAAGCUUUCAGCCUUCUACAUUCGAGCACCGCUGACGAGGAAGAGAAAGAAUGUCACAAUCCUCAUGUUUCACGGCAAUGCCGGAAAUAUUGGUCAUCGAAUACCUAUCGCGAGACGAUUCAUAAAUAUGGUAGGAUGUAGUGUCUUGAUGUUGGAAUACCGGGGUUAUGGUCUCUCGACUGGAUCACCGGACGAGAAGGGUCUCAUGAUAGAUGCUCAGACUGGUUUCGACUAUCUACGCAAGAGAGCAGAGACGAGAGAUAACGACAUUGUCAUAUACGGUCAAAGUCUUGGGGGUGCGGUAUCAAUCCAACUAGUAGCAAAAAAUCAACACGACGAAAGAUUAGUGGGCCUAAUUUUGGAAAACACUUUUCUAUCCAUGAGAAAGCUGAUUCCAUCUGUUAUUCCACCAGCCAGAUAUCUCGCCUAUCUGUGCCAUCAAGUCUGGCCAUCAGACACAUAUCUACCUACCAUUACCGAAGUCCCAAUUCUCUUCAUGAGUGGUCUCCUGGAUGAGAUUGUACCGCCUAGCCACAUGCGCCGUCUCUUCGAGAUCUGCCAGUCCCCCACCAAAGUAUGGAAGCCUCUCCCGAGCGGUGACCACAAUUCGAGUGUGGUUGAGAUUGGGUAUUUCGAAGCCGUCGCCGAUUUCGUCGGGAACCUAGACACAAAACAUGGUUAAUCCCAUAACCCCAUACCAGGGAGCACGAUCCAUCAUUCGAAUCUUUCUAGCAUGCAUUACGUUGCGUUAUAACACAAAAUUAAUAUAGCAUUUGGCGAGGCGUUUGGUGCAUUUCGGAUACUCCUUUUGAUCAAGCGAGACCUAGACCUUCACUUCAUUUCCACUUGAGAUGUCCGUAUGAGCGAUGGAUGAAUUUCUAUAAAAAGUUUUUCUUCUUUAGAAUGGAGAGAUUUUAGAAUGGAGAGAUUCGGUACAAGAGUAGAGUGAACAAGAUUUACAUGUAUUUUAUUACGAGUUUCUAUAUCAUGAUAGGCACGGAGAGACGCAGUCAAGAACAAGGGGACGCGCUUCUGAGAAGCCGUUCUUGCAUCAUCCUACUAGUACAUUCUUUCUACGUUUGGUGUUUAAUUGCUCACACGACGAGACAUGUCACGCAAAUCACGCAUUUAAUCAUAGCCUAAUCAAAAUUUGGUUUUAAAGG